GUGAGGCGUUUCGCGCGUGCGGGGAGGAGGGGGGAAGGCGGGAGGGGCGGCGGCAGAGGCCUGUUUCUCGCUCCGGCUCCCGGCGGCGUGUUCGGUUUCAGCUUCCCCACCCCCACCCUGCAGAUCUUCGGGCGGAGGCGAGGCGAUGUCGGCGUUCUCGGAGUCGGCGCUGGAGCGGAAGCUGCUGGAGCUGAGCAACUCUCAGCAGAGCGUCCAAACCCUGAGCCUGUGGCUCAUCCACCAUAGAAAGCACUCGCCCCUCAUCGUCGCCGUGUGGGAGCGGGAGCUGCGCAAAGCAAAACCAAACAGGAAGCUUACAUUCUUGUAUCUGGCCAAUGAUGUAAUUCAGAACAGCAAAAGAAAAGGACCUGAAUUUACAAAAGACUUCGCACCAGUCAUAGUUGAGGCCUUCAAACAUGUUUCCAGCGAGACUGAUGAGAGUUGUAAGAAGCACCUGGGUCGAGUGCUGUCUAUUUGGGAAGAAAGAUCGGUUUAUGAAAACGAUGUAUUGGAACAGCUUAGGCAGGCUUUGUAUGGUGAUAAAAACCCAAGAAAACGCCCAUAUGAACAGAUAAAUGUGGAAGAAAAUAAUUGCUCGACACAAAGUUCUCCAUGUGAUCCUCCACAGACUGCAGAUCUCAUAAGAGCAUUGCAAGAAUUAGAAAAUGCAGCCUCUGGGGAUGCAGCAGUUCAUCAGAAAAUAGCCUCAUUACCUGUGGAGGUUCAAGACGUGUCCUUGCUUGACAGAAUAACAGACAAAGAAUCAGGAGAGCAGCUUUCCAAGAUGGUAGAUGACGCCUGUAUGUUGCUGGCGGAUUACAAUGGCAGGUUGGCAGCUGAAAUAGAUGAUAGGAAGCAGCUAACUCGGAUGUUGUCAGACUUUCUGCGAUGCCAAAAAGAAGUCCUCUCAGAGAAAGAGCAAACAUUGGAAGAAUACAAGCGCAAGUUAGCCAGAGUCUCUCAGGUACGGAAAGAACUCAAGUCACGGAUCCAGACCCUUCCUGACCUUUCACGACUCCCCAAUGUCACAGGAAGUCAGGUGCAUCUUCCAUUUGCAGGAGACGUCUAUAAUGAUGAUUGACAUUCAGAUGUUCCACUGGAAUGAGGAAUUGGGCAGAUGGAUUGAUAUUAUUUUUGUAUAUUUGUUGAGAGUAGUACUUCAGUGUUCUAAUUUAUAAGAAAUGUCAAAUGUUGCUUUGUUUACUAUGUUACUGAAACAGUGGUGAAGCAGGUACUAUGUAAGAGGCAGAAUCUCUCUGUUAUUAUGUUUAAAAGAAAGAGUGAUUAUUACAAUUUAACUUUUGUACUCUGAUUGGAUCCAGGAGAACAUUGUUUCUAUUUUGCUCUUUCUUAUGUGAUCUUUACUGGAUAUAGGUCUUAUAAUUUAAACUAAUCAUAUAAGACUCUGCACAUAGUAAGUGAAGAAAUGCAAAAAUAGGUCUUUUGACUCCUGCAAUUUGGUUUGAAAUGUGUCAGUAAUUUUUUUCUUCUCCAAAAAAGUCAUUGUCUUAAUAUUAUGUCCUUUUAAAACUUUUGAAUACAAAUUAUAUUAAAAACAGAUGUUGAAUGACCAAAAAUGACCGUAGUUAAGUGGAUUAGAAUGCUAAAUGAUUUAGAAUUUUAAUAGUAAUCACUCCUCCUCUCUGAAGGUUGUUUGUUUUUAUAGUCAGCAACCAUAUGUUUGCAUUGUAAUCAUUUUCUACAUAAAUCCAAAUAGAAAAACCUCAUCUUAGAGGAGAAACAGGCCAGUGAGGGUAAUUGGAAUGGUUAUAUAGGACUGAAUCUAUACUUUUUUACAAUUAACUGUGCUUAGCAGUAAAAAAAAAAUGUUUAGAGGUUCAAUCCUAUAGCUGUCCACUCAGAAGUAAGUCUCACUGUAUUCAGUGGCUUAAUCCAGACUUAAGUGUGCAAAUAAUUGCAGCACAAGAACAUAAUUCUGUAGUGUGCUAUAUUCAUUAGAUGGAGCACUGAGUGUCUUUUCUCUAAUGGGGAACUCAUCUGAUGAAGUCAGCUUGGAAGGUUACUGCCAUGUUAAUUGCAGAAAAGCUCCAACAAAUCACUCCCAAGCCUGGAAUGUUAACUUGGGAAAAGUUUAUUCCUGACUACUCAUGGUGAGGAAGUUCACACUGAUAUAUGGCCACUGCCUUUCAGCAUAUUUACCUAUUUGCUUGCACAGACAGCUUCCAGUUUAGUCUAUGGGCAGCGGAGUCUAAAAAUGGGGUGGUUCUUGCCAUCUGGGGCCAGUGUGCACAUUUGCUGUAGAUGCUAGUCACAAAAUUGCAGGGCAUCGCUUAGGAAAAUGGUUGCAGGCAUGCCCCCCACCAGCAGGAAAAAGGCAUCUACUAUUUGUUCCAUUCUUGUUCAAUGAUGCUCUCAACGAUUACUUUAAUACAUUAAGGAUGUUUUCCAGUUAAUUUGACCAGUCUUGCACCACCAAAUUAGGUCAAAUCUGCAAAACUUAAAGCCCCAAACUGGACAUUAUGUAUAUUUGGCAAUUUAUUUUACACAUUUAAUGUACUUUUCCACUGUCACCUAUUAGUUACCAGCGGUCAGCAUGGCUGAUCAUAUUCUAGGGCAGGGGUGGGCAACCUAAGGCCCGGGGGCUGGAUGCAGCCCAAUCGCCUUCUCAAUCCGGUCCGCGGACGGUCCGGGAAUCAGCGUGUUUUUACAUGAGUAGAAUGUGUCCUUUUAUUUUAAAAUGCAUCUCUGGGUUAUUUGUGGGGCAUAGGAAUUUGUUCAUUCCCCCCCCCCAUAUAGUCUGGCCCACCAUAUGGUCUGAGGGACAGUGGACUGGCCCAUGGCUGAGAAAGGUUGCUGACCCCUGUUCUAGGGUCAUUAGCAAUCUGAAAAGGCUACCUCAUUUAUUCACCCUGGGUGGUGAAUUCAUCCCACCCCUCAAAGACAUAGAUUUUAUGUUGCAAUGUCAGAUACAGAUGUGAUUAGAAGGUAUGAGCACUCCUUUCUAUGACUACAUGUAUAUUGAAAUUUAAAUAUAGGAAGUGGCCUUAAGUGACACCGCCCUGCUAUCUGGCAAACAUUUAACUCUUAACCGUCUCAUCUAAAAUUAGACCAGUGAAGUUAAUCACAUUUCCACCACUGGAAAAAUGUUGAAUGCUAGUGGCAGAUAAAACAAAUUAUUUCACAGGAAACAUGCUAUUUUGAAUACAGCUACUUAAAUAUGUGAAAAUGUUAUUCCUCUUUCUGGGGCAAAACCCUAAUGGUCCCUGCACUCAAAACAGUUUGAUACAGUUUGUUGCUGCUGUGGCUCCCUUAUUGGAGCAGUUUUGGAUUAUACACAAAAAGCAUUUCUAUGUCGGUUUUGAAUGCUUAGCUGAGGUGUAUCCACUUCUGUUACCUAUCGUGCUGUUUGCAAAGUUUGAUCCAGCAGAGGUAAGCACAUCUAAGACCAAUUAAUUUUGAAUGGAAAAGGAAGUAUAUGCUUAAAUUUGAGCCAGAGAAAUCAUUGAGGAAUAAAAUUGCUUAACUUUUGCAUCUUGCUGGAUUAUUUAUGGAAGAUACCUGCAAACUGUAAGGGGAAAAAACACUCUGCUUGUAUUUUGAACAGCUUGUGCCUGAUAGUUUUUUUGUUUUAUUGUAUUAUCAUAGUCCUAAAAUACUGACAGACACAUGUCAGAAUGCAGCAAGAUGAAAGGUUGUUGGUAAUCUCAGUUUAUGCUUCACAUUUAAAAAAUGAGGGGAAGGAGAGGGAUUUCAAGGUGUUGAAAAUUCUCUAUGCUGUUAGGACUUUUCAUGGUUCAGACACACAGAUCCAGACUAAUAUUUCUCCUUUUUCUAAUCAAUUCCAUUCCAGACAUCAGGAGGUUAUAAUAUCCAUAUUUAACAGAGUAUAUAAUUACAAUUUCUUUUUCUCCAAAGGACACAGGAAAAUUCCAUUCACACCACACAGAAUUGCCUAAGUUUAAAAUAUAAACCUCAAUUUGUUAUGCAUCUGCUUUUUUGCAUGCAGUGUUUAGCCACAGAUUAGUGUUUCGUAUACGAGCCUUUGGCUAAUGCACUCCCACCCCUUAAUUGGAACAUGCCAAUUUGUGACUAGUAAUGAUGCCUGCUGGUUUCACUAAACCAUAGCAAACGGCAGUGCUGUUUUUCUAGAAAAAGAGGCACCAGAGCUCACCAUGAACUUCUGCCUUGUUCUUUUAUAAUGGCAACAGUGCCCACCUGAGAGGUGCCGGAGCUGAGCUCCUAUGAUCUCUGGCUGAAGAAAAGUCCUGGUAAGCAGUAGACCACAGUUCCAUCUUUGAACAUAACAAGAAGCUACAUUUGAAAAUGGAAGUGAAAGCUACCAAUCUUCCGUUUCCUCCAUGAGCAUCACAUUGAUGAGGAGGGGAGAGCAAUGAGUCUGAGGCUUGUGCACUUAAUGCUAACUUAGUUUAGUGUUAUGCCACUGCGCCUUGCUGAAACACUUGUAGAAUUCAUUUUUCUGGAUGUAAAUAUUUUUGUUGCGAAUACAUGCACCCUAAAUAGAGAAAUUAAUAAGUUGUUUGGAAAGGUAGAUAAAUUUACUUGUAGAAUUGUACUCUACUCUUGGCAGGUAGCUUUCAGGCAAAUGUUUACAUUUCAUCUUAGUUUUGCCAACUUGAACCUUGUUUUAUUAGGAGCCGUUGAUCCUAGUCACAUGCCGUGGAAGUACAU